UGCCGAGCAUGGCCGAGGAAAAGCACCGCAUGCUCUACCAGGGCCAAGACCCCAGCCAGCCGGUGUUGCGUCCCCUUCCAAUAAUAGCCCACGUCAGCAACAGCAGCAGCGAUAGAGAUGCAAGCGUCGAUGCUGCAACUGAGCCGCAACAGCCUCCGACCUACGAUGACGCCAUGGGCACUACGACUAGUCUGCGCGUCUCAAAAACUAAAAACCACGCUCCCAGCCAUACGAGCUCCACGUUGCGGGCGACAUGCGAUGGGGAAGGGCGUCGUAGGACCUUCUUUGCCGAGCCGCUGCAUCUGCGCACCCAACUGGAUGAGCCGCAUCCGCUAGAGGCACAGCCUGCACAGCCGCUGUCAGCUGAGCGCCCCGCCGUUGAGCCACAAGCGGCGCCCGCGGACAAUGCAAAUGUGCAGGCCAUGCCACAGCAGCAGCAGCAACAGCAGCAGCAAUCGGUGCUGGUGGAACGCGUCCGCAUGCCGCAGGUGCGCAGCUUCUUUGCACUGGCGCCACAGCCGAAACUGGGUGCCAAGGCCUGUGCGAUGGUCUGCCCCGCCUGUGGCCAACAGGGACGCACUAGGCUAAGGCGCAUGCCAAACACACGCACCCAUUGCUGGGCGCUCUGGCUCUGUUCCAUUGGGUGGUGCUGCUGCGCCUGUCUGUAUCCGUAUCUGAUGAAUAGCUGCCGCACCACGAGCCACUACUGCACCAUAUGCAAGACGUUUCUGGGCGCCCACUAUCCCAAGGAUUGCUGCCACUGAGCCGCUGCCAUUGCUCGCGUUCUAGCUUUACAAACUUACCUUUUGUAAAUUUCGAUUCUUGAGAGUUUGUUUCGAGCAACACAAAACGAAAAUAAGUUUACAAUAUCCUAACGUUUGUAAAAGAUUUUUCUUACCUUGAGCAAAAUAAUAUUUGAUAUUCUUUUAGUUCGUAAAUAAAUAAAAAAACAGGCAUCAACAACAUUUCUUAAAACAUGU